CCAUAGCGGGUUGUUGUUUGUGAUACAGAAACAAAAUGACAAGAGGCUGAUCUUCGGCUGAUUUUCUGACUCUCAGCCGUCUCUCCGGCUGGCUAAUGCUGGCUGGCUAACAGCCGCAUUGUUAUUGUUGUCGCUUCAUCUGGCGGCCACAUAUACACUGCUCUCCCCCAGCCGAGGCAGGGGUCUGGACUACCUGAGUGAUGUGUUUCUGUCCGUCCCGGGAAGAUGGAUGAGAAAUCCAACGGCGGCAGCAGCCACCAUCACCGGCUGCUGAUCGUCCUGCUCAUGGUGUUGCUCUUUGGCGUCAUUAUGAUCCAGUACGUUUGCCCGAGCAGGUCCGAGUGCCAGAUGCUCCACCAGUUGGGGUCCUGGUUUAACGUCGGCAGUGCAACUGGUUCCCGGGGCGGUGGCACUGACAUCCAAGACGGGCUUCAAAAGGAUCCGUACAUCGCAGAAGACGGCGCUCUGGCUCGCUUUGUCCCUCGCUUCAACUUCACAAAAGCAGACUUGAAUCGCGUUGUAGACUUUAACAUCAAGGGGGAUGAUGUUAUAGUGUUUCUGCACAUCCAGAAGACAGGCGGCACGACUUUUGGGCGACACCUGGUGCGGAAUAUCCAGCUAGAGAGGCCCUGCGAGUGCCACGCAGGUCAGAAGAAGUGUACCUGUUUCCGUCCAGGUAAAAAGGAAACUUGGCUCUUCUCUCGAUUCUCCACCGGCUGGAGCUGUGGGCUUCAUGCGGACUGGACGGAGCUGAUCAGCUGUGUCCCGUCACGCAUGGACUCCCGAGAGGCUCCCAAGAACCUGCCCAGUAGGAACUAUUAUUACAUAACCAUCUUAAGAGACCCAGUGUCGCGCUACCUGAGUGAGUGGCGUCACGUGCAACGUGGUGCUACAUGGAAGGCUUCCUUACAUGUGUGUGAUGGACGUUCACCAACGCUGUCAGAGUUGCCAAGCUGCUAUUCAGGAGAUGACUGGUCAGGUUGUUCGCUGCAGGAGUUCAUGGACUGCCCCUACAACCUGGCAAACAACCGGCAGACCCGCAUGCUGGCUGACCUCAGCCUGGUGGGUUGUUACAACGUCUCUGCCAUGAAUGAAGAGGAGCGCUGGGCAGUGCUUCUAGAGAGCGCCAAACGCAAUCUACGGGGCAUGGCCUUCUUUGGACUGACUGAAUACCAGCGUAAGACCCAGUAUCUAUUUGAGCGAACCUUCAACUUGGAGUUCAUUGCACCAUUCACACAGCUCAAUGGCACACGCGCCUCCAGUGUUGAGGUUCCUCCUGAAACGCAACACAGAAUCCGCCAGCUAAACCGAUGGGACGUGGAGCUGUAUGAGUAUGCCCGUGACCUUUUCCUGCAGCGUUUCCAGGUGGCGAGGCAGCAGGAGCGCAGGCAGGCCAGAGAGAGGCGACAACAGGAGAGGAGGCGACUCCGUGGAAGGCUCGCAACAAAGCAAGGAAGGCAGCUGAAGCCGACAGAAAUACCACGUCUGACCAACAGCCAUUCUGCUGUAACUGAGGAGAAGCGGAGGGAGAAGGCAGCUGAAGACAACGUGGAGUCUGAAGUGCUGCUUCCCGACUGGUGGGAUCUGGAUGAGAAUAGCACCAUGGACGACUACAUAGACAACGUGGAACAGUGGUAGUGACGGAAACGAGCUGUAGGGUGUCUAAGUGUGCCAAGUUCUGCCUUGUCUGUUUUCAUCAAGUGUUUUUAGUGUAUGCCUUCCACGGUUUUUCACCAUGAACUGUUUUAAAUUACACAUUAAUUUAUUGAUACUGAUUGUAUUUCUUUGCCACAACUGACAUUAACAAUGGGUACAUUUUCUAGACAGAAGGAAAGACAAGUCUAGCUACCAGGAAUCGUGUACCUUUUGAUGAUGACACUAGCCUUCUACAUUUGAACUCUUGUAAUGUAGCUUGGAACAACGGGGGAUUUAUUUUUUAUUUAACAAAAAAAAAUGUAAUAUGUUUUUCUAUUUAAAAAAAAAAUCUACUAUUGUGAUUAACAAUCUAUAUGUUUGUCAAAUUGUUGUCUCGUAUGAAACGCGUACAUUUUUAAAUGUACCUGUGUUUUAAAGUGUCUUUUCAGUACCAGUCAAGGAGAAUGGAGUUUUCAUAGAUACCUCAAUGUGUAGCAUUAACUGCUAAUGUUGUAAAAUUACUGAAUGUGUCUGUUUUUAUAUAAAAAUGCUUUUACAUA